UAUAGAUAUAUAUGAUGAAUUUCGUAAAAGAAUUCAUAGAAGUUCUGCAAAUUCAGAGGGUAUAACGUCUGUGACCUCUUCAAAUGGAACUAAAGCUCUCAAGAGUAGUGAUAGUCAUUUAGAAGGAUUUAAGUCAUUUUUGUUGGAGGUUAGUGAAUUUUACAAAAAACUGAUUGUAAAAAUCAAGAGAUUAUAUGGUCUCCCAGAAGAAAUUUCCUCCCAUACAAGGAGUGACAGCAGCUCUAUUUCAGUCGAGCCAAAGAAAAUGCAGAAAUGCCUAUUUUUAUGCCAUCGGUUUUAUGUUUGUCUUGGGGAUCUUGCUAGAUAUAGGGAACAGUAUGAGGUAAUGGAUUCCCAGAACCAUAACUGGUCAGUUGCAGUUAACCACUACUUAGAAGCUACAAUGAUUUGGCCAGGUGGUGGAAAUCCUCAAAAUCAGUUGGCAGUAUUGGCGACAUAUGUUGGUGACGAAUUUCUUGCUUUAUAUCACUGUGUUAGAAGUUUAGCUGUCAAGGAGCCUUUUCCUGAUGCCUGGAAUAACCUUAUUUUACUCCUCGAAAGGAACAGGUCUUCUCAUCUGCAUUCUCUGUCUACUGAGGCAUGCUUUGAUUUCUCAAAACCAUCUGAACGAAGCAGUCUUGGGAUACAAACACAGCCAUGUGGUGAUUUCUCAAAUUGCAAUGUAUCGAGUACUGGACGAGAAUGCUCUUUGCAAGCAAAUUUAUGGUCACUUAUAAUCCGAACAAUGAGUUUCUUUUUCAUAAAAUUCAGCGGUUUGGAUCAGUUCCCUUGUACUUUUGCAUCCACUAUGAGAGUGCUGGAUGCAGUGAUGGAACUAAAUGAUACAAAACUAAAAGCCAUGUUGGAGUCCUACCAGCUUAUGGAUUCAGCAAGAACAGGCCCUUUUCGUGCUCUUCAAGUUAUUUCUAUCUUCAUCUUCAUCUUUCACAAUCUGACUGAUUCCUCAGAAGCAAAAAGGUCAGAGGACAAAAAGGACAUGCAGCAAGCUGAGUUGACACGAUUAGCAUUAACGACCACAUUUAUUUUCAUGGGACGGUUUGCUGAUAGAUGCUUGAAGGCAAAUCCCUUGGAUUCUUGCCCUCUUUUACCUGCUAUCCUUGUCUUUGUGGAGUGGUUGAUGACCGUGCUUGACGAAGUAGAAAGAUAUGCAUCUGAUGAUAAAGUAGCAAGUGCAAUUUCCUACUUUUUUCAUGCUUUUGUUAAUCUUUUAGAGCAGUUGAACAUUAAGGGUGAAAUUCUGUUGCCUGGAAGAACUCUAUGGGAAGAUUAUGAGUUAAGAGGCUUUGCACCAUUAGCUCUUGCACAUACAUCACUAGAUUUCUCAAUUCACUGGAGACAUGCUGACAGUUUUGAAGACGGGAUUAAAACCCGUGUAAACCGUAUAGUUGGUGCGGCAAUGAGGAUUGCUGAUAGAUCAAGUGGUUCUCGAAUGUUGAUUGCCUUCAACAAAUCAAGAAUGAAAUUCUACGCAGCAGAGAAAAAUGUGAUUUCAGGGAGAAAAGAACCAGGCUAUUUGGAGUCUGCCUCUGAUGACUCUGAUCUCAAAGGAAAGGCAAAGCAGCCCAACAAAUGCAAUUCCAAAGCAAAAGAAGGAUGUAAGGAUCAGAUUCUUGGUGAAAAUGCAAGCGACCUCUAUACUAAUGGCAAAUCUGUUGUCACAGAAGAUGAAGAAGUCAUUCUCUUUGAGCCCCUAAGAAGACAUAAUUCUGCUCCACCCAAUAAUUCUGUCAAUACAAAAGACCCAGCGCCUCCAAAAGAUGUGGAGGAUCAACCACUUCCUUCAGAUGAAUGUUUGCGCCAUGCGACAUCAUUGCUUAUAGCACAAAACCAGGCCCAUGACCAUCGAUCAACAUUUGAUUUUGACAUCUCUAAUUUUAGGGGAAAUAUUACAUUUAAGCAGCAGGAGACUUCUUCAAGGGAUAUGAUGUCAAACUCAUUUUUAGAAGUACCUCUCUCUGCUGGGCCGCCUUCGUUGAAUGCUUGGGUCCUUGAUCAAGGAAGCUUGAAAAACGAUAAUGAGAAAGGAAGAAGUGAUGUCAGAAAGCACAGCUUGAGUCCCAUUCAGGAAUUAGCUUCAUCAUCUUUGAGUGGUCUUUCCCUCGGUGAGAGUGAGGAUGCUGUCAUUCGAUCGAGCCAUAGAUCUUCAACCAACCAUUUCUCUCCCCCCGUAUAUUCAGUUCCAGUUCCAUCUGCACCAUUAUUGCCUGAUGAUGCAGCAUGGUAUAAUGGCAUGCAAUCUAGUGUUCCUGACUUGAAAACCUCUGGGGUAAUCAACAGAACAGCAAAUUUCUACGAUGCAUCUCAGAUAAGUGCCUAUUAUGAUGCUGCUCGCGGUGUGCUCCGUUAUGAUUCUCCUUUGCCAGGUUUCAUGGAUGGAUACACCCCAUUUGCUGGACUCACUUCGUCUGAAUGGCUACGACAGUAUAGAGAAAAUCACAAUCUUAUUGGGGCCAAUAGCCAUACCCGGGCAGCUCAUUAUCUUGCAGCAGGACCCGGAAACUUCCCUGCUUGUAACUCUUCAGGGAUUGGUCUUCUGGAUAAAUAUGGAACUCCUACAGACCCAACAACUAACAUGGACAGUUUACCAUUUUAUGCUGGAGUACUUCCUACAGGUCACAGGUUAGUUGAUAACAGAAGGGAGAACCUCUUUAAUGGCUAUCAAAGACCAAACAUGUACGGGUGUGGUGCCAUGCCAGACCUUAGAGAAGAUCCAAAGCCACUUAUCCAGUAUCUCAAGGAGAAAGAAUGGCUACUACAGAGGGAGCAAGCCCUGAGAGGUGGUACAUAUCCCGGAAACUAACGUAACUGUACAAACAGUUAUAGGAACCAUUGUAAUUCGCUGGUUCCUCGCCUUUGCCAUCUUAACUCGGCAUACAGAGUUACCUGUAGGUUUUGACAUGAAGGAACUUGCAAGUGUGUAUGUAUAUACGUAUAUUUAUGAUCUUGCUAGAGAAAAGAUGAACAAGAAGAAGUUAUACCCUCUUCAUAAUCUUAAUGCAUAAUUACGUAAUAAUAUGUCCAUUCUCCUA